UUUGGUGUUGCUUCACAGUUUGAGGCCUUCCGAGCAUUUAUUUUGAAGUCGCUGGAAGCUCUGCAGCAUCAAGUGGAGUUCCUGGCCCAGCAAGUAGACGCCCUGGAGAUGCGGUCACGACGAAAGAUACUCCUUUUCCAUGGCGUGGCUGAGGCUAGUGGAGAGGAUACAUCGGCACGGGUUGUCGAGUUGCUGAAGGAACAUCUGCAGUGUGAGCUGGCUAUAGAGGACAUCGCUCGGAGUCAUCGCAUGGGUCGGCCUAGAAGUAACCAAAUAAGAUGCAUAUUGGUCAAGUUUCGCGACUUGUCCGAUCGCAACAACAUCUGGUUUGGCAAAACCAAAUUGAAGGGCUCCGGUGUGGUAAUGUCGGAGUUCUUAACAGCGCCUCGACAUGAACUCUUUAUGGCGGCUAGGGAGCGUUUCGGAGUCCGAAGCUGCUUUACGCGAGACGGCAGCAUCUACGUUUUGGGUAAAGAUGGUAAACGCAGCUGCGUGUUUGGUCGUGCAGAUUUCGACCGUGUACAGGUCGCGGCGUCGGCGGAACCGGCGGAGCCGGCUCCCAAGGCAAGUGAUGUAGGUGCCCCAGGUCAAGCUGCUGCGACUACUGCGAGUCAACGAGCCGGAAAAGCGAAACGGCAAGCCGCUAUAAAGCCUCGAGCCUAAUUACUGUAUCAUGUUUCUUUCUUGCAACCCUUGUUAUGUCAGUAUUUUUUUAGUUCAUUUUAAUGCUCUUUUUCUUGACUGUGUUGUUUUGCUGUGUAUUUCUACCUUCUUUUAGUUUGCUAUUUCUGUACUGACAUUAUUGUAUACUUAGUUUAGCCGGAUAAUCACUACUUGUUGUAACUUUUUGACAAUUACAUGACAUGAUGACAGCUGACGUUUUAUGCAAUGUUGCCGUUUAACAGAAGCGUUUCGUUUUACGUUACGUCAAAAUUAUUGUUUAUUUAUAAUUACUUCAUUGUCGUUUAAGAUGUUUAAAUAUUCCGUGUUUCAUACUGCUGGCGGGUAGUCAGUUUACUGAUCAAUUUAAUAGUUUAUAGUUUAUUUUUUGUUUUAGUCUUUUUUUUUUACUGUAUUUAAUUUAUAUAUUUUUAUAUUUAUUAUUAUAUAUUUAUACACAAAGGCUAUGUCACAUUCAAGUAAUAUAAGCAUUAAUAGUGAUAGUGAUGAUUUUCUUUCCUUUUCUUCCGAUUUCGAUGGUGAGAGUUUUCACAGCCUCCCUCCCCCUCUGCAUGACGUACUUGACAGACAACUUUCUGAUGUUCCCAAAAACCUCAAUAUAGUCCAUAUAAACGCGCAAAGCAUUCCCGCUCACUUUACUGACUUUUUGAUGACUUUCGAAUCUAGUAAAAUUGACGCUAUUCUCGUAUCGGAAUCUUGGUUCAAACCCUGCUUACCCUCUACAUCUUAUUCCUUGCCAGGCUACCGCUUAGUGCGGAAUGAUCGUGCAUGUCGCGGAGGUGGAGGGGUUGCAAUAUAUAUCCGUUCUCAUAUUCCUUUCUCUAUCCUUACCAUGUCGCCUCAACCGCUUUCUUCUGACACCGCAGAGUACUUGUUUCUUGAGCUGAGCUUCUCUCACUCAAAACUCCUUCUUGGCGUCUUCUAUUCUCCCUCUCUUCGAGUUAACUACUUCAACUGUUUCGAAAAGCUUCUUGAAGAUCUUCUACCAUCUUACAAUCACCAUAUUAUUAUGGGCGAUUUUAAUACAUGCUUACUCAAAAAUGAUUUUCGCUCAAACUCACUAAAAUCUAUUGUCGAUGCUUGCAACAUGACCAUUUUACCUUCUGAACCUACACAUCACUUCCCAAAUUGUUCUCCGUCGCUCCUAGAUCUUACUCUGGUCUCCUCUACUGAUCAUGUUGCUAAAUAUAAUCAGUACUCUGCGGAUGCCUUUUCCUAUCAUCAUCUUCUGUUUCUUUCAUAUAA